CCCAACACCGAAUCGUACGGUUCAUAGGAGGAACGGAACGGAGUGGACGAUACGGAAAUCAACGGGGACGCGAUGCGAACUAUUUUUUGUUCGUGAUCGGUUGUUUAAAAAAUAAAAGAAAAGUUUAUUAAAUAACCCUUGAAAAAAUCGCAAAAGAUCGUACGGAAUUUUGUGCGUGUGUCCACUGAAAAAUAAGUGCUCCACAUCGGAAGAUUUUAAUAAAUUAAAUUUAAAAUCAUAUUCAUUGUCUGACGCGCGCGCGUGAUGCACAAAUGAAAAAGUAAAUCAAAAAUUAUAAAAUAAAAUCAAGAAAUCAAAAAGAAAGUUAACCAAAAGCACAAAAAAUAAAAAGUAAAGUUCCUUACCUCCUACCCAGCAGAAGAAGCAAGCAGAGAGGAAUUAAGCCGAAAGAUAACCACUAACGGGGCUUCCAAACAGAAAAAGCUCCUUGUUUUGUAGAAAUCACUGAUAUCAGCGCCGAUCGAAAAUCUAUAUAAAAAUGAUUUCACACAGUCCGCCUAUAUUCAGUCACAGUCCACCCGUUAGUUUUCUGGCGGACUUCAUGAGCGGACAUCAGCGUCAAUCAUUGAAUUAUAAUGAGGAGGCCAACAGAACGCCGCGCUACUACCGACCCCAAGUGAUAACUCUGGCCUCCAAAGCCAUGGUCAACAACGCCUCGGCGGCGGUCCAGGGACAGGGCCAGGGACCCAGCCAGCAGAAGGCCGGUGCCACACCCCUGGGCGUCGGAAGUCGAUCGGGCCGAAGCUAUCUGGAGCGCAUGGCCUCGGCUCCGUUGCUCGUUAGCCAGCCCAAGUCCUGUCUUAGCCGCAAAUCCUGCCUGCACAAAUCCACAAACAGUCCCAAGAACAGUCCCACAGAGCUCGCCCCCACGGAAGGCGACGUCACGGACAGUGUCGGCCAGAGCUGUAUCUGCAGCAAGGACAGCGACUGCAGCGGAUCCACCCACUGCGAACAGAGCCGUGGCCCCAAGAAGCAUGUGAUCUUUGCCGAUGAUGAAGGUCUCUCGUUGACCGAAGUACGUGUGAUGUCCGAGCCCUCGAAUGUGCCCCCCUACUGGAGCAUGAAGUUCUUGGAGCAGAUUACACAGGGCCUGGUCAGCCCGCAUCCGCCGGAUCAGUGGACGGUGGACUUCAAGCAGCCGGCCUCAGACUAUCUAUCAUUCAGACAAAAGAUAGAGCGUGAUUAUGUUUCCCUGGAGAAUGUAAUUGUCAAAGAUGAAGAGUCCAUUGUGGUGGGCACCAUCAAGGUGAAGAAUAUCGAUUUCCAAAAGGAGAUCAUUGUCCGGGUGACCUGGGAUGACUGGAAGAGCCAGCAGGACAUCUUCUGUACAUUCGCCAGGGCCUAUGGACCGGCCACCUGUGCCCAUGUCGUCUUCGAUACAUUCUCCUUCAAGAUCACGCUGCCGCCAUCGUCGAAGCGCUUGGAAUUCUGCAUCUGCUAUCGCACCAACGAUACGGAAUAUUGGGAUAAUAAUGAUGGUAAAAACUAUACCAUCAGCAAGCGAUCACCCUUUUACUACAACGCCUUGUCGCCCUAUGAUAAGGGUCAGAAUCGCAACUCUAGCCAGCAAAUGAGGUCCGCCCUGACCGAUGCCAUGGCCAAGGUCCAGGACCAGAACAGCUGGAACCAGGAGCCUCAUACACCAUAUUGGUAAAUCCGGCCCGGGAACAGGGAAUGGAAAUCCCCCACCCGAGCUGACAAAAUUUUCUCAUUUUGGCCACAUGAACAGAUAGAAAGAAAAAAUUGGAACAGAGUUAAAGAUUUUAAAAAUAAUUAAGAAAGUUAGCAAGAGAGAGAGUCGAAAAGAUUUUAAACCUAAAGAAACUUUUGACUUUAUUUUAAUCCUGGUACAAAGAUCCCAAUUAUAAAGUGCCAUUGACUUGAGGUUAAUUCAAUGAUAAAUGAGAACUAGGGCCCCCAACUACUUUCACUAAGCCAACGCCCGAAUUUUUAAUUUUUUUUUGUCGUUUAGUCAGCUCAAUGGAAUUUGAAAAUCAUAUCAUCUAUUGUAUAUCCUUUUAAAAUGUUGUAUGUUCGAUUUCGUAUAGGUUUUUGAAGAGAGAAAGGAUUUUUUUAGUGUUUACCUGUAUGCCUGUGUGAUUGUCUACAUCUGUAUAACUGAUAUUAGAUUUAUGUUAUAACUAAAAACGAAUGAAAACCUAUAACUAUCAACGAGAUGAAUUUUGAGGCGUGAAGUAUCCUAGCAAACCAUUGUUUCGAAAUUUUCUGCAAAUGCAAAAUAAAGCAAACAAAAAAGAAA